AUGGGUCGUCGCCCGGCUCGCUGUUACCGGUACUGUAAGAACAAGCCGUACCCCAAGUCUCGCUUCUGCCGCGGGGUCCCCGAUGCGAAGAUCCGCAUCUUCGACCUGGGUCGGAAGAAGGCGAAGGUGGACGAGUUCCCGCUCUGCGGCCACAUGGUGUCGGACGAGUACGAGCAGCUGUCGUCGGAGGCCCUGGAAGCCGCGCGCAUCUGCGCCAACAAGUACAUGGUGAAGAGCUGCGGCAAGGACGGCUUCCACAUCCGCGUGCGCCUGCACCCCUUCCACGUCAUCCGCAUCAACAAGAUGCUGUCGUGCGCAGGCGCCGACCGCCUCCAGACCGGCAUGCGCGGCGCCUUCGGGAAGCCGCAGGGCACCGUGGCCCGGGUCCACAUCGGCCAGGUCAUCAUGUCCAUCCGCACCAAGCUGCAGAACAAGGAGCACGUGGUCGAAGCCCUGCGCAGGGCCAAGUUCAAGUUCCCCGGCCGCCAGAAGAUCCACAUCUCCAAGAAGUGGGGCUUCACCAAGUUCAACGCCGCGGAGUUCGAAGGCAAGGUGGCGGCGAAGCGCCUCAUCCCCGACGGUUGCGGAGUCAAAUACAUCCCGGAACGUGGUCCUCUGGACAAGUGGCGAGCCCUGCAUUCCUGA